CAAUUGAAUGUGCCAGGGUUUUUCUGAAUGCGUGUGUGUGGGCGUAACUAAAAACUAAAAAAAAACACAGAUACACACAUCCGAAGUGGAUUAAAGUUGCCGAAUGCCGAGUAUAGGCAACAAGAAAAAAUAAACACAACAACUAUAACAACAUAUCAAAGAGAUUUUCAUAUUCCCUUGACACAAAGCCCACGCAAAAACGAACCACAAAAAUCAGGACAAAGCAUCCACACAACAUACAAUGGCUUCCAUGGCCAAUGGGCAACAAUAGCCAGGGCACGGUCAUACUUACAGGCGGUCAAACGUAUACACUGCACGUCCACAUCAUCUAGACACAACGCCACACAAAUGUGGAUUAUGCACUUUACAUGCCAGACUUGCCACAAUAAUAACUGGAAUAGCCUGAUAUGCUGCCAUGGCCCGGAACAAAACAAUCGAAGCACUGCAAUCGCAAACAAUCGAGGCAGUCACCCAACCCUCGACUGGAACAUUCCAUCAGCACCUGCCCCCACAAUAUUUGUAUCUGUAUCAACGUCAGCACCAGCAUCAUCAGCAUCAACAACACCAUGUGCCAUGCCCACUACGAUAUUGCCAGCACGAACCGGAACGCGUUCAAGAGCCCCCACCACCCGACGACUGUCCCCGUUUGGAGCACCCCGAUCACUCCGAGUAUUGUAUACGAGACGAUAAUACAGCCCAGAGUAUAACGCUCUCCUUUAAGGUGAGAAGAAAAUCAAAAGCCCACUCGCCCAGCUCUGCCACCUUACCUCUGUACGACUCUCUCAAGCGCUUUCGCAGCAUACCGCUCGUCCAGCUGCUAUGGCUGCUGUGCUGCCUCAGCAAUCUGGUACACCGCAGCAUGGCCGAGUGCCCCAGCGUGUGUGAGUGCAAGUGGAAGAGUGGCAAGGAGUCCGUUUUGUGCCUUAAUGCAAAUCUAACACAUAUCCCAGCACCCUUGGAUGCUGGUACCCAAGCUUUGGAUCUGACCGGAAAUGAACUGGCCUCAAUACCCGACGACACAUUUGCCGAGGUGAAUCUGCUCAAUCUGCAGAAAGUGUACUUGGCCAAGUGCCGGCUGCGUCUCAUAGAGCGCUUUGCCUUUAGGGGACUCAUCAACCUGGUGGAGCUGGACUUGAGCUACAAUGCCCUGGCCCACAUACCCUCCGAUGCCCUGGAGAGUGUGACGGAGCUGAGGGAACUCAAACUGAAUGGAAAUCCUAUUCUGGUGGUGGCCAAUGAUGCCUUUAAGCAGAUGCAGCAUUUGGUGCGUUUGGAACUCAGCGACUGCCGCCUCGAGAUGGUGCAGGUGAAGGCCUUCUCUGGCCUGGAGUCCAGUUUGGAGUACUUGAAGCUGGAUGGCAAUAAAUUGUCCGAGGUCCGAUCGGGAACUAUUACCUCCCUCAGCAAUUUGCAUGGCAUCUCCUUGUCGCGCAACAUGUGGAACUGCUCCUGCUCGCUGCGACCCUUGCGUGCCUGGAUGCUAAGGGAGAACAUACCAUGCGGCAUACCACCAGUUUGUCAAAAUCCGCCACGCUUAACAGGCAAGUCCUGGGACAAAAUCGAUUUGGAUGAUUUUGCCUGUGUGCCGCAAAUCAUUGCCACUGACACCACAGCACAUGGAGUGGAAGGCCGUAAUGUUACCAUGAGCUGCUUUGUGGAGGGAGUGCCGGAGCCAUCGGUGCGUUGGAUGGUCAAGAACCGGGUAAUAGCAAAUUUAACGGCAACAAAUGGUGACCUGCCAUUCACCAGCCCCAGGACGGCAGCUGCCACACAAGGACGCAAGACCUAUGUGGUGAACAUGCUACGCAAUGCCUCCAACUUAACCAUUCUGACUGCGGAUAUGCAGGAUGCUGGCAUUUAUACAUGUGCUGCGGAAAACAAGGCCGGCAAAGUGGAGGCAUCCGUUACACUGGCCGUUUCCAGACGUCCCCCCGAGGCUCCUCUGGGCUUCAAAGUAAUACUGCUGUGCAUAUUCAUUGCGUUGCUCUUUGUGGCCGGCUCGUCCUUUGGGGCCAUAUGUUUUUGUUCGUUGCGUCGCAAAAGAAAAAUGCGUUUGUGGAACACAGUGCCGCAGGGCCGAACGGAGAGCUAUGAAAAAAUCGAAAUGACUUCGCGCAUUGCCGGUGCCGGAGGUGCAAACAAGCCGGAUUUGGGUGGCAAAACAGGCAUGCAGGAGACUGGGGGCAAGAACGGUGGCAGCACCCAGGGCCAAAUAUUUCAUGACAAUGAAAAUGGCUAUCUCUGCUCGGCCACCACACCCCUUAAUUGUGGCUCCGAUGAUGGCGGUGAUACUGGUGGAGCCAUUGUGAAUCCCAGCGGCGGCAGUUCAAAGCGUAAUGGCGAUUAUCGCAAUGUGCCCACCCAUUGUGAUGACGAUGAUAGUGAACAUAUGCAACAAAGUUUGGGUUGUGGCGGCGGCAGCGGCGGUGGUGUUGGGGUUAACUCUGGUGGUGGCGGCGGUCAUUCGUAUCAGCGCAGCUUGCUGCUGGCAUCAACGGCACACAACAAUGGCACGUUAGCGACAACCACCAGCACCUCAUUAACGACGCCACGUUGGAAAACGAGCUCCGCUUUUCAAUCAGCAGUUGGUCCAGAAUGCCAUGUCUCUCAUUUGGACUCACCGCAGACAGCACUCAAGGCGAGCUCAAAGGAAGAUGCAGAUUUGCAUAUACCACGACUCAUAGACAUUGGCUCAGCAGCAGAUUCUGCCUCUGGUUCCAUAUCGGGAAAAGUGGAUGCUGCCUCGCGACAAGCUUCCUCUGGUUACAAUCAUGUGGCCAAUUGGGUAACCUCUUCAUUGAGUUCAGGCAAAAUGCCUGCGGCACAUUCAUCAUUGAGCAACAACAACAACAAUCAUCAGCCCACGAGCAUGGACUAUUACAGCCCCAAGGAUGAGGUCAACUCGUCGGUGUUCUGCGGCAAGGAGACCUCCGACAAUGAUAUCUUCGAUAGCAAUUAUCCCGAUCUGUUGGAUAUAGCAAAAUAUGCUGUGGCCCAAGCAACCAGUGCCAGUCAAACUAACGGUGGCUUGUGUACCCUGCCCAGGAAAUUGAAGAAUACCGGCAAAUACUUCAAAAACUCCUCGGACAGCCAAAGUCCUUUGUUGGCUGACAACUCCAGCAAAUAUGGCAGCAGCACCCUGGGCGAUGCAGGCUAUCUCAACGAGGUGGCUCUGGGCAGAAGAUUCUCAGCGGAGUCUUCGUUUUCGGGCUAUGGCGGUGUUGCCACCUAUACCAAAGGCCAAAGGUCAAAUAGUUUCUUGAAUCUAGUGCAUAGCUCUAGUAAAAACGCUUUGGGUGCGAACAGUGCCAACACUAAGGCAGCCAUAGCCAGUGCUGGGGCCAGAAGAAAUCCCAGCCUGCCUUCAUCACCAGUCCAUGACUAUCAACAGCAACAGCACCAGCGCUCCCUGAGUUCGGCCGCCACUCCCCUGCUGGACUUUAGCUCGCUCACCAAUAGAACGGGAGUGGCAAAUCCACCAGCCGGCACACCCAGUGGCAUGAGCAGUUCCAUGCAUUGUGGCACAAACAAUACUCCAGUAACAGCCUACGAUUAUCAUGCAGCCCAGCUGGAACGUUUCCUCGAAGAGUAUCGCAAUCUGCAAGAUCAGCUGUGCAAGAUGAAGGAGACCUGUGACACCAUACGCAAAAAAGAAGUCCCCUUGCGAGUGGGCUUGGGCCAUUCCGCACAUGCUGCUGAUCCGGUGAUGUACAAUGCCGCUCUGGCUGCGGCUAGCAGUCCCACCACCAAUCCCAAAAUCACACUAAAGACUAAAACAAGCUUGCCGGGUCAACCUCCGGAUCCGCCACCGUAUUGGCUGCAUCGCAAUGCCAUGCUGAAGAGACUCAAUGAGCCUCAGAAUGACAUCUUCAAAAGCUAAUGAACUUCAAGUGUACAGUCAUCGUUAAGCAUAAGUCAAUUUAAGUUACGAUCUCAAACAAGUUGUUGGUUCUAAUUUACAAAAAUUUUAUAAGAAAAGAAACAAAAAAAUUAAAAACCAAAAAAAAAAAACAAAUCAUAUCCCUCCAUUAUUCCCAAGAAAAACAAAAAUCAAAGCCAACUAUACUAAAAAAAAACAACCCUUCUCCCUCAGAGCCAUUGUUCAUUAGGUGUAGUUUCGUAAACUUUUAGUUCCUCUUGCUAGAUCAAAAAACUGAAAUAAAAUCAUUACCACAAAAAAGGAUAAGGUAAGGAACUCCUUACCUUUGAAAAAUGGUUGGGUGAACUAAACUCGCAUUCAUAUAGCUAAGCUUCACAUCAUCAUAUCACAGAACACAUCAAAAACACAUACACAUACAAAUACCAACACAUUAAAACAAAUGCAUUUAAAUUUGGGGAUAUGAACUGUAUUUUUUCCAAGUGGAAAAAUAGAAAGUAAAAAAAAUCCUUAAGAAGGAACAUCCUUUAUAUUCCCAAAGAAACCUUGGUAAAAAUUCUCUCAAGGGGUAAGAAAGAAUUAUUCUCACAAUUUACUAUUUUUUCAAAAUUAAAUUUUUGAGACAUUUUCUUAAGACUCGGCCGGGCCGAAUCUUAUAUACCCUCCACCAUGA